GUGCAGCUCGGGCCCGCGGCCUCCACGUCUUUUUGUCUGCCGCUCUACGGUGUGUGUGUGUGUAUGGUGUGUGUGCGAUUGCUCGGAGCCGCGUCCGUAACACACUGUCAAACCCCUCCAAACGACUUACUAUCGCAACCCGGAGCGUUAAUUAAACAUCUUUCACCGCGGCGUGUUGGAUCCACCGGGGAAAGCGUCCGUGUUUGCGGGUGUUCUCCUGAAGUUGGUCCUGGUGAAGCGGCGGCUCUGUGGGCAUCAGUCUUUAUUAGCGGGCUGCUGGCGCUCUCCGGGCUAUCAGCUAUUUCUUUAACUUUUUAAACACGCAGCUUCGCGAAUGACUGAGCGCCGGCGGAGUAUGGGAUCCUUGGUGUCUUAGGAAGCCAGUCAGCGGGUCCUGGGCCGUUUUUGCAUGCAAAACAAUGGCAAAUUCGACGGGGAAAAAUGUACCAGACCAGCGGAGGAAAGGACAGGCUUUCCUGGACGAGCUGCGGCAAUUCCACCAAAGCAGAGGAUCACCGUUCAAGAAGAUUCCUAUCGUGGGUGGGAAAGAGCUGGACCUGAAUGCGCUCUACAUCAGAGUCGUCUCUUUAGGUGGAUUCGCAAAGGUCUCAGACAAGAACCAGUGGUCCGAGCUCGGAGAAGACUUUAACUUUCCCCGGAGUUGUUCCAAUGCGGCAUUUGCUUUAAAACAGUACUACCUGAGAUACUUGGAGAAAUAUGAGAAAGUACACCACUUUGGGGAGGAUGAUGAUGAGUCGCCACCGGGGAAUCCCAAAAUUUCUCUUCCAAUCGGUGCAAUUCCCUGCUCCUAUAACUACCAGCAACACACUGUAUCAGACUAUCUCCGCCAAAGCUAUGGGUUGUCGACGGACUUCGCGGCGCCGUGCGACUACAACAAACUGGUGCUGUCGCUGCUCUCGGGCCUGCCCAACGAGGUGGACUUCGCCGUCAACGUGUGCACCCUGCUCUCCAACGAGAGCAAGCACGCCAUGCAGCUGGAGAAGGACCCGAAGCUGGUGACGCUGCUCCUGGCCCACACUGGCGUCUUUGACGACUCGCUAGGCAGCUUCUCUGGAGUGUUUGGGGCCGACUGGAAGGAGAACACGUCCCGGGACUUCGUCAGGUUCUGGAAGGAGGUGGUGGAGGAUGUGGAGAUCAGGGAGCUCAUCUGGGACAGGAGGAGCCCAACACAUGACGGUACGUCAUCGGACGCCCCCGUGCCGGCGCUGUUCCACCCGCCGCGGGCGCCCGGUAUCAGCGACAUGGAGGCCCAGCGGGUGCUGCAGGUGGCGGUGAUCCUGCGCAACCUCUCCUUCGAGGAGACCAACGUGAAGCUGCUGGCGGCCAGCCGCACGUGCCUGCGCUUCCUGCUGCUCUGCGCCCACUGCAGCCUCAUCUCCCUCCGCCAGCUGGGCCUGGACACGCUGGGCAACGUGGCCGCCGAGGUCCAGCUGGACCCAGUGGACUUUCGGACCACCCAUCUGAUGUUCCACACCAUCACCAAAUGCUUGAUGUCCAGAGACCGCUUCCUCAAAAUGAGAGCUAUGGAGAUCCUUGGCAACCUGAGCAAGGCGGAGGACAACGCGGUGCUGAUCUGCGAGUACGUGGACCGGGACUCGUACCGGGAGGUGAUCGCCCUGCUCACGCUGCCCGACCUCAUGCUGCUCAUGUCCUCCCUGGAGGUGCUCUACCUCCUGGCCCAGCUCGGCGAGAUCCCCUGCUCCAAGAUCGCCUCGGUGGACCACAGCAUAGACCUCCUGGUGCGUCUCGUCUCGGUGGACCUCCACACCUUCGGGCCGGACGCCCUCACGGCGGUGCGGCUCAUCGAGCACCAGGCCAGCGCGGGCCAGGCGGCCGAGGCGCGCCCCCAGCUGGUGGAGCAGACCCCUGUCCCGGCCCCCGGGGCCCCCCUACCUGUAACACGUGUUCCAGCCCAGGCGACUCCUACACCCCCUGGCAUCGUGGAGCUGGACGGGGAGAAGUUUACGCUACAGUGGCUCAACGCCCACUUUGAGGUGCAGGCGGAGGCGUCUGUGUCGCGGUCGGAGGUGUACUCGGAGUACCUGGCCACGUGCAGCAAGAUGGGCCGCACUAACAUCCUGAACUCCACAGGCUUCCUGAAAUGCUUACGGACGGUGUUCCCCAACCACACCAUGCGACGGCAGGACGACGCCAAGCCGGGCAGCCAGGUGCAGAUCUUCCUGGUGGGGAUGAGGAGGAAGGCCAUCCCCCUGCCCAUCCAGCUGUACUACCAGCAGCAGCCGGCCGGCCCCCAGAUGAUGGCCGAGGCUGUAGCGCCCCCCUCAGUCCUGGGAGCCCAGCUGGUGCGGGGCCCGGCCGGCACCCCCCAACCCGUGGCGUUCACCCUGCACGAGCCGCGGCACCCGGGCCCCCAGCAAGGGGCCCCCAGCCCGCUGGCCGCCGCCACGCAGCAGCAGCAGCUCCGCGCGGGCCCCAUGAUCCAGAUCCCCACGUCGACGGCGGUCAUCCAGAACCACAGUCCCCAGACCCCCCCUCCUCACCCCCAUCACCCCCAGCAGUCGUCGAGCGCGGCCCCCGUCACGCUCUUCAAGCAGGUGCCCCCCGGCCACAUCCUGACGGCCCGGGUGCAGGGCGUGUGCCCCCCCCUGGGGGCCACGCCCCAGCCCGAGGCCCCCAACGCCGCGGCCCCCGGCUCUUCCUCCAUCCAGAACUUCCAGGUGGCCGGGGGCCAGGUGUUCACCAUCGCGGGCGUGUCCAGCGCCCAGGGCUCGCCGCGGGUCACCUUCCAAAACAUCGCCCCCAAGCCGGCGCCGCCCCCGCCCGGGGGUCUGACGAUGACGGCGACGGCGACCGGCGCCGCCGUCCCGCACGCUCAGCCGCCGCAGGGCGUGGUCAUGGUGGGCGCCGCCCAGCAGCAGAGCCCCGCCUACACGCCCGCCCUCCACCAGAUCGUCCUGGCCAACCCCGGCGCGGCUCAGACGCUCCCGACGGCGGGGCCGCCCGGCUCCCCCUCGGGGCCCUGCCCCCCCGCGGCGGCCCCGCCCCCCCACCCCCAAGGCCAGCUGCAGCCGCCGCAGACGGUCAGCCACAUGCUGUCCCUGAAGCGGCAGCAGCAGCAGCAGCAGCAGCUCCAGGUCGUGGCCCAGCCGCCCCCACCUACCUCCGCCGAGUCCAGCUUGAUCAAACAGCUUCUGCUUCCAAAGCGGGGUCCCAGCACCCCGGGGGGGAAGCUCAUCCUCCCGGCCCCCCAGGUGCCCCCGCCCGCCGGCCUGCCGGCGCCCGCCCAGCAGGUGGUCUACCAGGCCAGCUACACGGCCCAGGGCCCGCCCCCGCAGCCCCAGCAGCUCAGCAUGCAGCUGGUCCCGGGGCCCCUCCAGGCCGGCGGCGGGGGGGCCCCCCUCCAGGCGGUGCAGCUGCUCCCGGGCCAGGUGCUCUCGGCCGGGGCCCCGGGGGCCGCCACCGUCAUCCAGGGCCCCGCGGCGGGGGGGCAGGUCACCUUCACGGUGGUCCCCGGCACGGGCUUCACCACGUCGGCCGCCGCCGCCGCCGUCAGCCAGGGCGCCGUGGCGCCGGGGGUGUCCCCGCCCCCGUUCCCCGCGGGGUCGACGCCCUACCGCGCGCCGGCCACGCCGCCGCCGCCGCCCCCUCCCCCGGCCCCGGGCCCGCUGAGGGGCGACAAGAUCAUCUGCCAGAAGGAGGAGGAGGCCAAGGACGCGGCGGGGCUGCACCUCCACGAGCGGAGGAUCGAGGUGAUGGAGAACUCGUCGGUGGCCGACGGCGGCUCCUCCAACGGCACGGCCAGCAACGGGGAGCUGGCCCCGCCCGGCGCCAAGCUCCUGAACGGCAGGAAGUGCGCCGAGGCGGGCCUGCCGUCGCACCACUCAGGGAUCGGCACGGCGGCGCCCAACGGGCCGGCGGGGGCCAACGGGAGGCCGGCUCCGGGGGACGGCGGCGGCAAGACGCUGGUGAACGGCGUGUGCGACGUGGAGCGCGACGGCGGCGGCGGCGGCGGCGGCGUCCACAACAAAAACAUUCCAAAUCACGUGGCUUCCAGACAGUACGUUGGGAACGGGGAGGUGGGCGCGUCAGGGCCCGGCUCCCCCCUCCCCGGCCCCCAGCAGGACACCGCCAAAGUCCCGCAGGCGGAGCGGCUGGCCAACGGGCCCACGGCGGCCGCCAACGGCCCCACGGGGCCCGGCCACGCCCUCCCUGCCCUGAGACAGCGGCUGCUCCCCAACGCCCCCCUCCCCCCCACCGCCACCAUCACUGUUACCUCCCAGGGGCCCACCGCCGCCGCCGCCGCCUCGGCCAACGGCCUGGCCCCCGAGCCCCGGGGCCUCAAGCGGCCCUCGGACCCCGAGGACUGGCCCCCGGUGGUCCCCAGUAAGGUGGGCGUGCGGAUCAUCACCAUCAGCGACCCCAACAACGCGGGCAGCACCGCCACCAUGGUGGCGGUGCCCGCGGGAACGGACCCAAGCACAGUAGCCAAAGUAGCAAUAGAGAAGGCCUCUCUGCAGAGGACCUGCUCACCCCCACAGGCAGCUGGCCCCCCGCUCAGCGGUCCCCCUCCCGUCGCCCCCGUCCCGGUGGGCAGCCUCGCCCCGCCCCCCGCCGCCCCGGAGCCCAUCAGGAAAGCAGGGCAGAACUUCAAGUGUCUGUGGCAGUCGUGUAAACGGUGGUUCGAGACGCCGUCGCAGGUGUUCUACCACGGGGCCACGACCCACGGCAGCAAGGAGGCCUACCGGGGCCACUGUCUGUGGGAGGGCUGCGAGCCCUUCCCCCGGCAGAGACUCUCCUUCGUGACCCACCUCCAGGAUAAACACUGUUCCCGGGAUGCGCUGCUGGCAGGGUUGAAGCUGGAGGAGCAGUCCCAGAACAGCCCCAAUCCCAACGCUUCCCAGACCCCCACGGUGGCCAGCAGCACCCCGCCCACGCGGCCCCAGAAAGCUAUCGUCAAUCACCCCAGCGCUGCCCUCAUGGCCCUGCGCCGGGGGUCCCGCAACCUGGUCUUCAGGGAC